CUUUCUAACCCCUCUCUCUUUUGAACUUUACUUCAUUAUGCUUGCCAAUGCUGCAUUGAAACAGGCUAGCCGUGUUCAACUGGCUAACAAGAUGGCUCCUAUCCAAUCGCGCGCUUUCCACGACUUGACCUUGAGAAAGAAAACUGGAAAGCCCUUGAUUGGUUACGGUCGCGGUGGUCGCUCUUCAACCAACGGUCAAGUUGCUACUGUUUUCGGUUGCACUGGUUUUCUCGGUCGUUAUGUUGUGAGCAAGCUUGCCAAGCAGGGUACUCAGGUCAUUGUCGCCAACCGUGAUCCCGAUGAGUCUAGACAUCUCAAGGUUACUGGUGAUCUUGGACAGGUUAUCCCUUUGGAGUUUAGCUUGAAGAACAAGGACCAGUUGUUGGAGUGUGUCCGUCACUCUGAUAUUGUUUAUAACUUGAUCGGUCGUGACUACGAAACAAAGAACUACACUUUUGAAGAUGUUCACGUCAAUGGCCCUCGUUUGAUGGCCGAGGCUUGUGCUGAAGCUGGCGUUGCUCGCUUUGUUCAGGUUUCUGCUCUCAAUGCUUCCGAGGAUUCUCCUUCCAAGUUCCUCCGCACCAAGGCAUUGGGUGAGAAGGCUGUACGUGAAGUUAUUCCUGACGCCACAAUUGUUCGUCCUUCCAUUAUGUGGGGCCAUGAAGAUCGUUUUCUCAACAGAAUUGGUGAUGCCGAUGGUUGGCAAUACUGGGUCAACGAGAGCAAGACCAAGAUUUUGCCAGUUGCUGUGCUUGAUGUCGCCCAGGCCUUGUCUGUUCUCUUGAAUGCUGAAUCCAGCAUGGGCAAGACUUAUGAACUUUAUGGUGCCAAGCAAUAUACCUUUGAAGAUGUGUUCAACUUGGCUCGUGAGAUUUCCAUGAAGCCUUUGCCUACUUACAACGUGCCUACCCCUGUGGCCAAGUUGGCUGCUACUUUCCUUGACAAGCUCCCCUACAACCAGAUGAUCAGCCCUGAUUUGAUCCAAAGAAUGACUAUGGAUGACAAGCCUACUCCUGGUGCUUUGACCUUUGCUGACCUUUACAUGGAGCCUACCCUUUUGGAGAACGUUGCUAUUCAGUACUUGAGACGUUUCCGUAGCAAUGCUGUGUUUGAUCUUCCCUUUGAGAAGGGUGAUGGUCAGAUCCAGAAGGGUGUUUACCACAUCAUUGAUUAAACUCCAAAAAAAAAUUAUAUUAUAUUAUUGAAAAUAAACUGGAAUAAAUCAGUAAAUAACAUAACUAGAAUUUAUGAUUUGUAUAAAGAAGUUUUGUUUUAUUUGUGUAUUAUGUAUUUGUUUUUUUUAAAAAAAAAUUACAAGAUG